UUACGCACUUUAUAUUCACCGCAUUGGGUACAAAUGGAAUGUUAUACCUAUCAUUGAAGCAAGAUAAACCCCUUUUUUCUCACAGGAACAUGAUCUAAUGCUCCCAAAGUAUUCCACACUCAUCCACCCAACUUUUGCACAUAAAUUCUCAACCUCCUUAACUCACAACCUCAAAACCCACUUCUCUACCUUUGCACCCUCCUCACAAACUUCCCCACAAAACCCAAUUGGUCACCUUCUCCAAAAAUGCAUUGCUUUCCUGCAAUGCUGUGCAUCCUCCAAGUCCAAACUGCAGCAAAUCCAUGCCUUCUCCAUAAGGCAUGGGGUACCACUCAGCAACCCAGACAUGGGCAAACACCUCAUCUUCUCCAUAGUCUCUCUCUCUGCUCCAGUUUCCUAUGCCCACCAAAUAUUUUCCCAAAUAAAAAACCCCAAUGUGUUCACAUGGAACACCAUGAUCAGAGGCUAUGCUGAGUGUCAGAACCCAGUUCCUGUCAUCCAACUUUACCACCAGAUGCAUCAAAGUUCCGUGCAACCUGAUACACACACUUACCCUUUUCUUUUGAAGGCUGUGGCUAAGUUGAUGGAUGUUGGAGAGGGUGAGAAGAUACAUUCUGUUGUCGUAAGAAAUGGGUUUGAGUCAUUGGUGUUUGUUAAGAACGCAUUGCUUCAUGUUUAUGCCUGUUGUGGGCAUGUUGAGAGUGCACACAAGGUGUUUGAAUCAAUGUCUGAGAGAGACCUUGUCGCUUGGAAUUCUGUGAUUAAUGCGUUUGCUUUAAACGGGAGGCCGAACGAGGCUCUGACGAUUUUCAGGGAUAUGAGUUUGGAAGGUGUUGAGCCGGAUGGGUUCACCAUGGUUAGCUUGUUAUCUGCUUGUGCUGAGAUUGGGACUUUGGCUUUGGGUAGGAGGAUCCAUGUGUAUAUGUUGAAGGUGGGAUUGACGGGAAAUUCGCAUGCUACGAAUGCGCUGCUGGAUCUUUAUGCAAAGUGCGGAAGCAUUAGAGAGGCGCAGAAGGUGUUUGAAGUGAUGGACGAAAGGAGUGUGGUUUCUUGGACUGCUUUAGUUGUUGGGUUGGCUGUUAAUGGGUUUGGUAUGGAAGCACUUGAGCUUUUCAAGGAGUUGAAGGGAGAGGGAUUGGUGCCCACUGAGAUCACUUUUGUCGGCGUAUUGUAUGCCUGCAGCCAUUGUGGGAUGGUUGAUGAAGGCUUUGAAUACUUUCGAAUGAUGAAAGAGGGGUAUGGAAUUGCGCCGAGAAUAGAACAUUAUGGUUGUAUGGUUGAUUUGUUAGGCAGGGCGGGCUUAGUGAAACGAGCAUAUGAAUACAUUAUGAACAUGCCCAUGAAGCCGAAUGCUGUUAUUUGGAGGACCUUAUUAGGAGCGUGCACGAUACACGGGCAGUUGGCUCUUGGGGAGACUGCAAGAGCACGCAUCCGCGAGUUAGAGCCUGGACACAGUGGGGAUUAUGUGCUCCUCUCCAAUCUCUAUGCAUCUGAACACCGUUGGUCAGACGUCCAAAAGGUCAGGAGGACAAUGCUUAGUGAAGGGGUGAGGAAAACUCCCGGAUAUAGUAUUGUUGAGCUGAGGAAUUGUAUUUAUGAGUUCACUAUGGGUGACAGAUCUCAUCCACAAAGUGAAGAGAUAUACGCAAUGCUAGCAGAGAUCGCGCGAUUGUUGAAACCGAAAGGGUACGUGCCACAUACGGCAAAUGUUCUUGCGGACAUAGAGGAGGAGGAGAAAGAAAAUGCUUUGUCGUAUCAUAGUGAAAAGAUUGCAGUUGCCUUUAUGCUCCUAAAUACUGCACCAGGGGUCCCGAUUAGGAUUUGGAAGAACUUGAGAGUUUGUGCAGAUUGUCAUCUUGCAUUUAAACUCAUAUCGAAGGUUUAUGAUCGGGAGAUUGUUGUGAGGGAUCGUAGUCGGUUUCACCAUUUUAGAGAUGGUUCUUGUUCUUGUAGAGAUUACUGGUAACAUUUGCAGCAAGUUGUUUCAUAUUUGUCAAACUCGAACGAUAAUGAGCAUGUUUACGCGAGAUUUGGCAUAGUACGUGUCAUAGUUUAAAUGGACAUGAUAUAUUAUUCAUUGCCCAUCCAAUUAGUGGCGAAUUCAUGAUUCAAA